AUGCCUCCUCCUUCUCAACCUCCUCGUAAUGAUCGCGCUGAGAACACACUUCUCUCCUCAUCUUCCUCGAUUUCACAAAUCCGCGCUUUGCUCCGUCGUCUGACGUGCUCGUCGUCGUCAACUUCGCUCGCCGGGAAAAUCGACGCCGUCGAAUCGAUGCUCGAACUCUCAAGAAGAAGAAGCGGAAAAGGGAACGGUGGUCGAGGAGAAGACGGUUUCACGACGACUGCAACACAAAACGACGAUUCUGAUGACGACGACGAUUUAGACAAUACUAAUAGCAUUCCAUGGGCCAUCGAUAUCGUUCGAGCGAACUGCGUGUUGCCUUUGCUUGGAAUCGUUCAGUCUGUGCGAAGAAACGCGCUCACGUUGGAACCGAUCGAAGAAGAAGAUGAAGGCGGGGAUAAUGCGGACGCGUUGCGUUUAGCGGAUGGAGCGUUGUUACUCCUGGCAGAACUCGCGAACGUUGGUCAGAGUGUGCUCGAAAGUGUUGGAUUCGAAGUGAUUCGCGACGAGGAGACGGGUACGUGCGCGUACGUGCACGCGGAGUCCGGGAUGCGCACGAACGAGUUGCCGAGAGUUAGUGCGAUGAUGGACGAUACCGACGAUGGGGAAGGGGAUUGGCCGUUGGAUGUUUUGUGCGAGUGCGUGAGUUUGUUGGCGCCGAGUGGCGUGGACGAGAAGAGGGGAGAGGUUUUGUGGCAGGUGAAGGUGGUGGACUUUACGUUAGGAGAGGAGGAGAAAGGAGAGGAGGAUUUAGCCGUGGUGGACGUGGCGUUGGAGGAAGAAGGAGGAGGAGCGGAUGGUCGCGACGUCGCGAGGGCGUUAAUUCGGGGCAGUUGGAGAGGGUCGAGUGGAAAGGUGGAAGGCGAAGUGAAUCCAGAGGAGGUUUUGGGGUGCGCUUUGGAUGCGUGGAAGGACGCGAUGUUCGCGUCCGCCGUGCACAUGGCCAGGGAAAGAAAACGCAAAAAAUCUCUUAAUUCAUCCGUCUCGCUGUCGUCGUCGUCUUCGCCGACGACUGUUUUGAUUUUUGGUUUGCGCGACGGGUCGUUGCCGACCUUUCUCGCUCGACGAUAUCCUCCGAACGAGUUAGAGUGCGUGGUUGUAGAAAACGAUAAUCGCGUGGUGGAGUUUGCGGAGAAGCAUUUCAAGUUUUCCUCGAAACAGCCUGGCGUAGAAGUUAAAAUGCUUCUUCCAAUGAAUGAAUAUUCGUCGGACGCGGAAACUCGAGACUUCAAGUGCGACGUCGUUCUCGUGAGCGACGGAGCGCAGUACCCGGUCGAAAAGUACGUAAACUUGGAAGGCUUGACGAUACCGGUUGUGGCCGUCGCGAACGCGAAGACGCUGCCGCACGCAAACAUUCUCGAACCGACGUGGUUAGGACCAAACAUUGUGCGGUGCGUCGAUCCCUCGAUUGAAGUGAACGUAGAGGAGGAUGUAGAAGUAGAAGUAGAAGUAGCAGUAGAAGAAGGCGCAUCUCGUGCGGCCAAAAGACGUAAACAGAGCGGUUUAGAGGAAGAAGAGAAUACCAAAAAGGUCGACGCCUUUUUCAAGCGAUAUAGCGUUAAAAGCACGGACUUGUUACUUUUCAAUUGCGGAUCCGAACUGCUUAUGCGCGCUUCGAAAGAGACGACAUUAGAGAAUUUACCCUUCGUUAUAGAUAGCAUUGACCGGGUUCCAGGCGCUUGGAACGUAGGUGGUAAUACUAGCGCCGAGGUGGAAAAGAUGGAGAGCUUCACCGUUGCAUUCGCGGAGAACGAAGACGAUGGUUUCGAAGAUAAAAAUGCGCAUCAAAACAACGCAUCGCACGCGAGAAAGAAUCUGGACACUUCCAAUGCGGCGUUUAGUCUCUUUGGAGAUGAUGAUGACAACGACAAUACAACGGAGAAGCAAGAAGUGGCGGUGGACGAAGAUGUAGCCGCCCGAUGGGAACGCCUUUCGGAGUCACCGGCGCAGUGCGCGUCGUAUUUCACUCGCGAACGCAUCGCCGCGGUACAAGAUAGAAUCAAAUCUACCCACGAUUGGAGUCUCUUUCAAAAAGACGUGCGCUUGUUGGGAUACGCUUCGCCGAAGAAUUCGGCAAAUGUCACGGCGUCCAAAGAAGAGGAGAAAGAGUUGUUGAUAAAAUUUAGCCGCGUGGUGGAAACUUUGAAACGGAAAGGAUACCCGGCGACGCUGGCGUUCGUUACCGAUGUCGCCUGGGAGAUUGUCUUGAAACUAUGGACGAUUGCGGAAGAAGUGUACGAUCACGAAGAAGUUGUUUUGGAACCGUCAUUUGCGGCGUACGCGUUGGAAAAGCCAGCGUCGAUCCUGGAAAAAAAGAAGAGCGAAAACGGAAAUAAGAAAUACGUCGGGCAGAAUUUUGGACAGCCGCACCGCGACUACGCGCGCGAUGACGACGCGCUUUCGCUUUGGCUUCCACUCAACGAUGUAGACGUGGAUAACGGAUGUAUCUACGUACUUCCAAAAGAGCACGAUCACGAGCGAAACGCUUCCAAGAACGGCAGCCGUAAAUCGAAACCGGACUUCCCGAUUGAAAAAGCCGUCGCUUUAGCACCGGUAGAAGGUGGCCGGGUUCUGGGAUGGUCCGGCGACGUCGUGCACUGGGGAACGUCUUGCCAAGCGUCCAGCGCUUUACCGCCGAGGCAAUCCAUUGGCGUCGCGUUUCGGAAGAAAAAAGCGAACGACGCGACCGGAACCGUAGGCAAAACGCCUUCGAUGACCAAAUCGGAAGCGUUUUCCUUGGACGUUGCGGGACGACUGAAGGCAAUUACCGUCGCGCUCGGCGCGUUUGAGCACUGGUAUGGAAGCACAGAUUCUAUCAAGGCUAAAAUAAGCUAA